UUUUGAGUUCAGGAAACUAACUACACGACGUGUUACUUUCCGAUUCUCUCUAGCUCUGCCAGUGCCACUCCGGCCGUCCGCAGCCGAAAUAGAGCGUGGAUGUCUGGACUUCAUAACAGUGAACAUUCAACUCCAUGCUGGUUAGGUGUGCUACUAGCGACCCCAUGUUGAUGUCGUUGCAUUACAUUAGUAAUUACGUCGAGUGCUGACAGAAUAGAACAGCAGAUACGACAGGCUAGCCACCGAUUAUGUCGUUAUGAGAGUGGUGACGGGACCCUUAUCGGUAGAUCACCGGCUCAACGACGAUACGACGGGUGGCGAAACAACCCAGCCGUGAGCCACGCGUGCGCGGGUAAUCAUUGCGGAUAUAGGUGGGCGGCGAAGGACGGACAGCGUGACGCUACAUGCCCAUUGUGCACAGGGUAGCUCUGGUCCUGGACUUCACACUCAAGGAUUAUUGAAGUCACCCGGCCACUGAAAUUCGAAAGGCAAGCGCACGAGGGCUACACAAGUGAAAGCGCGAUGGAAGUGCAGCAUGUGGCAGCGCGGGACAAGUCGCUGCAGUUGAAUGACCUAGGGCCAGGUCAAGUGAUCGAUGAAUCCUCAGCCUCAGAGCUGAUGGUGGUAGGGAAUUUGGAGGUGAAGCUUCAGAUUGCUGCCGACGGUCCUUCAGUGAGGGCUCUCGUCAUCGAGAUCAGGAGAGGCGACCACUUCAACCUCUGGGCCAAUAUAACCAAGAAGAAACGAGCAUCGUUUUCGAUAUAUGUCAAGUGCUAUUUGGUGUUUGCGGAUGUGCCGGAGAAGUGCGUCAAGCUGAAGACAGCGCCCGUGGUGCCGAUCGUCUCCCCGGAGUUUAACGCUCAGCUAAUCCCGAUGAUGAGCGAGGACAUGCUCAAGCGGGCACAACAUUUGCGGAUUGAGCUGUGGAAGCGCAAUGGACGACUUCGCAGCAACCAGGUGGUGGGAAUGUCCACCAUCGAUCUUGGUCACCUGUCGCUGGACACCCGGCACCCGGUCACCGGCGUUUACAAGUUAGUGGCAGCUGGCUAGCUGGUCACUGGUGAUGCUGCUAAUGUGUACAUGUUUCAGAAUGGUGGACUAACUCUGAUUGCAUGUUUAAUUUCUUCAUUGAUUGAUUAAAUUGGUUUCACAUGCCAGCAUGUCUGAACAGAGAGCGAGUAAUGCAAGUAAUACCCACCUUGGAUUUGCAUUCACCAAAAUCAUGAUGGAUCAUGAUCAUGAUGAAUGAAGUCUUAGGUUUGUGCUAUUGCUUGCAGUAUGACAGCUAAGCUUUUGUCCACUGCAUCUGUUAGGAUCUACUUGGCUAGUGUACGUGUCGUCAUCUUGCCCAAAGCUGUAUCAUGAUGCCAUGCAGUUUGUAUCAUGAUGCAAUGCAGUUUGUAUCAUGAUGUCAUGCAGUUUGUAUCAUGAUGCCAUGCAGUUUGUAUCAUGAUGCAAUGCAGUUUGUAUCAUGAUGUCAUGCAGUUUGUAUCAUGAUGCCAUGCAGUUUGUAUCAUGAUGCAAUGCAGUUUGUAUCAUGAUGUCAUGCAGUUUGUAUCAUGAUGCCAUGCAGUUUGUAUCAUGAUGCCAUGCAGUUUGUAUCAUGAUGCAAUGCAGUUUGUAUCAUGAUGCCAUGCAGUUUGUAUCAUGAUGCCAUGCAGUUUGUAUCAUGAUGCCAUGCAGUUUGUAUCAUGAUGCCAUGCAGUUUGUAUCAUGAUGCCAUGCAGUUUCCGUACCUUCUCUUUGCCUGGGGCAGCAUGCAGUUUGCCAGUUCCCAAACACAAGAAUGCAUCCACAUCAUAGCCCUGUUAUGUUCGGAACAAAUGGUAGCUUGUACCGUUAGCUUGGCCUGGUUAAUCACAAGCAAGCGAUGCACGUCUUGUUUAACCUUAUUUUCAUCCCCCGACCUAGGCAUUUGCCCUCUGCUUUAUACCUCGACCCGAGGGCUUGCCCUUUACUUCAUUCCUGACCUGGGCAUUUACCCUCUGCUCUGACUACACUCGCUGUAAAACAGACACAGCUGAUCGAUACCAGAAACCUGA